UUUAUAUAUAUCCUUCGUGAACGUGCAAUGUCUGUCUUUGCCUCACGGGGACUCAUUUGUGGUGUUUUGUCUCCCUAACAGGUGCCGUGAUGGUCCAGGAGAGGCUGAAGGUAGCGGUGACGAAGGUGACGGGUGACGGGGCCGAGCUGAACUGGGCGACGACGGCGGUGCAGCAGCAAGACGCCCUGACCUGUUCGCUGCACUACGGUCCCAAGACGGAGGCCAUGCUGGUGAAGACGGAGGUGCACACGGCCAAGAGCAACAUCAAGCUGGCGCAUCUCCGGCCCCACACCACCUACUACGCCUUCCUCAGCUGUAGCCACGCCGCCGUUACCUACGACAGCAACACCGUCCACUUCACGCCGCACGGGGAUCCAGCCGUGGCCCUCGAGGUACGGCCACCACCUUCCCUUCCCCCGCCCCGAGCCGCGGGUGACUCCGCGUCUUCGUGGUCCAGGGGAAGGAAAGAAGGCAGCGAAUCAGCGGGGGACGGCGGCAUCGUAGUCAUGAUGAGUCAACGGCACAUGAACGCCCCCCGACGGGACCCUCACAGCGCCGUGCCCUCCACCAGCGUCAUACUGGGCGCGGUGUGCGGCGUGGUCGGCUUCCUGAUCAUCAACGUGACGGUGGUGAUGGCGGUGCGGCAGUACUCACACAGGAGGGCACGCAGACGGCGCCUUCUUGAACUGCAAUUGGAACAACAUUGUGGCUACCUCUACAACUUCGAGCAGCUGAUGGCCGACUAUAACCAACAGAUCAACGCCAGUAACUCUAACUCUUAGAGCGAGGAAAAACAGCUGUGUGGCUUCGAGGGGCAAGGCGCGGACUCCUAAGAGGGAUUUGUGAGGCUUUGUCGCGUGUCUGAAAUGGUUUGUUGAGAUCCAAGAAGAUGGCGGCGAGUGAGGUCGAAAUACGGAACUGCGAACGGAGCUGCUUAGCUUCCUCGUGUGACCUUAUGUGCGUAGAAUGAAACACACAGGAGGUUGAACGCACUUAUAGAGAGUUCGGUAAAGGUUGAGGUUUGGAUCAUGUUUGAGUGGACUUGAAACUAACCUUCUCUGUGGCGCCGUGAGCGUGUGAUGAGGACCGUGAAAAAGUGUCCUGAGAUGAAAAGUGUUAUGAUAGUGCUUGCUUGUGUGCUCCUUAAACAGACGUGGAAAGAGAAAACGGAGUGCGCUGGAGAUGGAAUACACUCUGUCUACCUCUCUCUUUCUCUCUUUCUCUCUCUCUCUCUCUCUCUCUCUCUCUCUCUCUCUCUCUCUCUCUCUCUCUCUCUCUCUCUCUCUCUCUCUCUCUCUCUCUCUCUCUCUCUCUCUCUCUCUCGAUCUAUUUUUAUCUCUGUCUCCCUCGGACGUGUCAGGGAGGGCGCCGCGUGUGUCUGCCUCGCCCCGCCCCGCCUCGCCUACACAGCAGCGGCAGCGAGGUCGGAGCGUGAAGGAAACUUUAUCCGAAGGGCUUGAAAGUUUGGACUGCAGGUUUUUUUCCAUCCGAUGAAAAAUCAUGGCGUUCCUCUGAAAAGUUUGAGUGCAGUGUCAGAUUGGGUACCGUGUUUUCGAUCUCGGAGGGCUCGCGAUUACCCUGAUGGAAGGCAAAUAAGUUAGUUUUUUUUCCAUCCAUUUUCUCGAGAAGUCUUGUCGCCACCAGCACGCUCCCAGACCAGACGUCAAAUGGAGGAUAUAGAAAAGUUUUGCGCUCUUUGUCGUCUGCAGCGGUGGAGUGUGGGCGUGUGCGGCCGUGGUGGUGGAGGGAAGGAAAGGCGAAACAUCUGCAAGGCCCCACCACCUCGGGAACACGCGGGAGUCGACGGCAGAGUGAAGAAGAGUGUGUCGGGUGUUCCAGGCGCGAAGACAAUGGCUGGGAGACGCUGGAAAUGGAAGGGAAGGAAAGGAAAGGAGGAAAUGGAGCCUUUUGUGUCGGUGGAGUGAGAGAGCUCAGGAGGGCAACAUUCUUGUGCCAAACAAAGCAGGAAUACACAGAAACUCGAGUCUUCGCGAGGUGAAAAAAAGAAAGGAAACCAGAAAACCAACCAAACCCUGAAGCCUUAUUUAUCGUCAUGGUGAAUCCGAGAGAGGCGAAACACUGCGGACUGCGACGAAACGGAGAGACACACCAGCGCUAAUCAACAGAGAGAAUAUACGUGGUGAAUGGGAAAAAAAAAGAUGAGAGAGAAAAAAAAAAUGCAAACACUUUUCCGUUGCCAUUCUUUCAGCGCUUCCCGCCCCGACUGGUCCCGUCUGCAAAGGGACAACAGAGGCAAGAAGAAGAGGAGGAGGAGGAGAGAAGGAGGAGGAGAAGGAGGAGGAGAAGGAGGAGGGGGAGGCGGAAGGAGAGAGGGACGAAGAUGAGGGAGGCGGACUUUUAUGUCGGGUGGGUGAAGGUUUUGAUUGAAUUUUGCCUCCCAGACUUGUGAAGUUUAACCAGAACCGAGAUUGAAUUCCCCGGAAGAGGCUGACGGACGGCCGCUCUUACCCCGCCCGCCGGUCUGCAGGUCACGUGACGGGUUAUUGUCAUUGUUGUUGUGGUUGUCGUAGUGUUGGCGGUGGCGGCGGUGGCGGAGUGAAGGAAGAAAGUAAAGGUGAUAGUAUCCCCGCCAAAGGAAUCCAGCAGGAACGUUUUCUUCUGUGUACUCCCGUUUUCUUUCUCUCUGAUGUACCGAAAACGGAGUGCGGAGGAACGAGAGAGCGGCCACGAGUGCAGAAAAUGACGAAAUGUAGAAAGAAAGAAAGAGGAAUCGAGAACUCAUGAAAACUGAUGAGAGAAAAUAUUGACCUCUCAGGAAACUUAUAAUGAACACUCGCUCGUGACCGCUGAUGGAAACACGGAUGAAAAUUCUCGGCUUCGGUGAUUCGUGUAAAUUUUCUUCAUGAAUUAUUCAUCCUGAAGUCGGCGGCGGCGGCGGCGGCGGUGGCGGCUCCCGAAUGAAAAGACGACGAGAGUGAAACAGUUGCUGCGGCGAAGGAGAGGAGACAAGACGAGAUGAGAUUGCCAAGGACGCCGGAAGGACAGCAUUGUGUGUGUAAAGAAGCGAGAGAGAGAGAGAGAGAGAGAGAAAAACCCAUUUUUUUCGCCGGCAUCGUAACUUUAUAGAGAAGACGAUCUCAUUUCAAAGUUUGUACAUAUAUAUAUGAAAGAAAAAAAAAUGAGACAAAUAUUUGUUAGAGAAAUAAGUAGAGGGACCCAAAUAUUUACUCGCGUCCUUUGAGUGAAUAUUCGUUCUCGGCGCCGACUCGAGGGCUUUUAGCGAGGGCGUGAGAGGAGGAGGAGGGAGAAGUAGCGGAGAGUAGAGGGACAGCAGGAAGGAAGGAGGGAGAAUGAGCGGUAGAGUUCUAUGGAGGAGGAGCAUCGCCUAGCCGUAGUUAGUCACACAGCUGCUGUACAUAUAGUGUCGUAGAGGGGCUGCCAAGGUGGGUCAGGGGGCUGCGUGGCGUCGGUUAGGGUCUUAGUCCUGGUCUGUCCUGAAGGAGUGUAGCGAUAAAGUCUUGUACUUGGAAGUCGAGGCAGCGCGUGGGGAGGCGGUGACGGCCAGCCAGGGGUGAGGGCCGCUAGUCGCCCUCUGUUUGGGGAUCCCUGGCCCUCUCGCCCCCUCCCCCUGCGCCCCUUCCUCGGCCUUCAUAGUGUUUUUCCUCUUCCUCAUUUUUCCGGCGUGACUUGAGCGUAGCGGCUCCUCCCAGACCCUCACCGCAGCCUUGAAAUAUUUUUGUGAGUCUCUGGAGAGCGUCUAGGCCCUCUUGCCUCAGUCUUUAAAUGCACCUUUUGUAAGACUCGUUUGAAGAGAGAGAGAGAGAGAGAGAGAGAGAGAGAGAGAGAGAGAGAGAGAGAGAG